CAGGAGGAGUUAAAAGAGUCUCAGCCCAACAAGUCCGCGGCAGAUCACUCUCCGUGUCUCCUGUCUCUCUGUUUCUCACCAACGGGGCUCUGGGUUUAUUUCCUGCGUCGUGAAACUUUUCAUUUGACACAGCUAGAGGGCUUUUUGAAUUUUGAAUUUUUUUUAUUAAAGGAGCUGCACUUGCAUUGUUCCAUGGCGCGAUUUUGAAAACCCUGUCGGAUCCGAGAGGCCAGGUGAGUAUCAGCACGGAGAUUGCACGACUGGUGUCUGGACUGUAAUGCUGACGUUAAAUAAUACCAGCAGGUAAACUGUCACCUCCAGUCGAUGACCAGAAAAAACAAAAACGUAUGUACACAAGGAGGAAGUACAAUUUGGGGGAAAAAAAUGUAUUUUGAUCAGGUUCAUAGUUUGUCUGUGUGAUUUGCCGAGUAAGAUUUACAGUAUUUCAGAUUUAAAUGGUGGGCAUGUUAUAUGUUGUACAUGCACUGGUUGGUAAACAGGUGUUUAAUGCAGCAGAAGUGACAGGUGGCCAUAUUAAAGAGGAGGAAAAUUGCUUCAUGGAAGUAUAUUUUCGAAAAGUCUUUGAAUAUUAGAAAAUACAAGUAGGUUACGCUAUUAGAUAAAUGAUGACACUUAUGUCUCCAUGGAAAACCUGCCUGAUGUCAUGUUGCUUUACAGCUUUCUUUGAACCUCAAUGUCCCGAUAUUAAAUCAUGAGGGAACCAAACGUUCAGCUCAUGCAUGGAAACACUGCCAUCCUUUGUCUUAUGUGAAAGUAAAUUGAGCAUUUGGAGGUUUUGGACCGUAGACUUUCUAGAGGACAGCUUCCCAAAAGUGAAGCCAAAACAUCAACAUCGCCCCCUUGUGGCUGGUUGCAGUAUAGGUAAUAUACCCCGCCCCCUUCCAUGUUAGCUGAUGGGACAUUGGCCAAACUAAAAAGUGCAUUCGAAUACAAUUUUCCUCUCAUUUUAUGUAGUUCUUAUCACACUGAUGUAAGUUCAAGUUUUUUUUUUUUCAGAUAAAGAAGUUAUUUAUUCGAUGUUGUAAAAAAGGGGAUUGGCAUGAUUGACGGCUGUGAUUGACAGCUCCACUAAACUGAAUAUGUAUAGAUAUAUCAUGGUUAGUUGUUGUGUCUCUAGCCAAACAGCUAACGUAGCUAGGUGGCUCUCACGCUAACAAGCUGUGGCCGUGCUCGGCUGGUGAUUGGUGUGUGGGCGGGACCUCGAUACCGCGGCUCCAGUUUCUGCGCCGCUCUGCGGCCUCCAAUGAGGUCAAAAUCCCAAGAUGGCAGCCCCCGUAUCCGGAAUAGUUUGGCCUCAUUUUAGUACAGUGGGAGGAAGUGGAGACACGUUGUCCAUCUAUGUAAAGUAGCUACAUGGGUGAACCAGACAAACGUUUUAAGGACACCUUCCACGAUGAUGUCGAUAUUCAUUCUUCGGGGGAGAGGCUCACAGGCAUGUGCAUGGGCUAACAUGAAUACACUUACAGCCACUUUAGCACCUAUGUCUGCAUGCACAUAACUGUGUUGUUAAUAUCUUGAAUCUGUGUCAUGUGUUUGUUUAGUUGUUUCCCCUUAAUUUAAAAGCCUAUCACAAAACUGAGGGCUCCUAAUACUGGACUAUUCUGUAUAUAUUACAUCUGCUGCAUUCACAUCUGUUGCAGUUGUUUGAAGACUGUACUUUUUUAUUUGCAUAAAGUGGUAAAUAUAAUUCAGACUAUUUCUCUGACUGUUUUUUUUCCCAGUUUUCGGUAGACGUGUCUUCUCAGUGCCACAUGGCUUCUGGUAGUUGAGGGUGACUCCACCUGAGUGGGUUCUUGAUGCUGACGUAGGGCUGUCGGGCUGUGUUGCCUAGUUACACCACAGUCACUGGUUCAGACCUUAGCGGCGGUGUAAUCUCAUGAAAGUGCCCCCCUCACACACAAACACACACACACACACACACACACACACACACACACACUUGUGUCCCUCGACUCAAAUUCCACGCUCGGCCUCCGGGGAGCUCGUCUGUGCGUCACUGCUCUGGUCACAAAGGCCUUCAGGGAAUGCAUCCAGUCAACAGAGUGGAGCCUCCAGCCCUGGUAGUCCACAGCGGGAUGUGAAAUACGCUGUGUGCUGGCCUGACACACGUCAGAGCCGCUCCUGCCUCCUGUUGCAGCGAUGUGGGUGUUACAGUGGACCUGUACACAAAGCAUUAACUGCUUAUCAACAGAUGAUGAAGGGUUUCACCAUGAACCCUAUUACCUUUUCUUCUUUCCACUUUGAUAUUAAUAUGUUUACAAGCUAUCCCAAUUAUGUCUUUAGUCAUAUUCAGGGUUGAACAACAAGCUACAACUCCUUUCGUUUAAACAUUUUGAUAGUGCAAUAGUGGAUCUUCAGACCAUUAAGCCAGUACGAACCCAGUGUAGCCCCCCCCCCCCCUCGAGUCAUUACUUAGUAUACAGAUAAUUUAAUCAACAAAAAUAUUGAUCGUUUUAAGUCACUGGUCUCAAUUAGGGGUCUGGGGAUGCCCAGGGGUCCUUGAGUGAGUUCAAGGGGGUCACUAAAUAAAAGGGGAAUAGUUGAUUUUCACUUUUUAAUUCCCUAUAGAAGUGAGCCCAAUGUGAGUAAGAGUCAUAAGAGUUACUACUCUGAUCAGAGAUUUCACGGCCUCCACGGUUCUCUCCCAAAUUGUAGUGGACAAUAUAGAAUUCCGGUCUUCAUAUCUAAAAACCAGAACCUAUUUUUAGAUGGAGGUCCCUGAAGCUAAAUCUCAUCAAAUCAAACUUGAGGGCACAGAGAAGGUUGAGAACCACUAGUGUAAGAUGUAAUGCAUCAAGGAGAAAUGCUGAAAAAUAUACAAUAUGAGGAACUGCUAUUUUUUUCCUUUUUAGAACACAAAUUAAUAUAUUUAGGAUUAUUUUCUUUUUUUUUCUUUCGGCAAAAAUAAAUCGGCAGGAUAAUCAAUGAAACAGGUGUCCUGGUAAUCUAUAGUGCAGACUGAAACACAUUAGCAUUUAGUGAUUCCUUCAUCUGAGAGUAUAUUAAGCAGCCUAUAUAGGGCAAUACUUUUUGCCACGUUAACCAAGUUGCGGAGUUUGUUUUCAAAGUCAAAGUGUAUCACUCCAAACAGACGACGAUGUGAAUUCUGCCUUACGUUGUUUAAUCUAGCUUCAUUAGUUUGCUUUUAUUGCUCUUAUACCUGAUGUGGAUUAAGUUUAUGAGAGAAUUCUUUGGGAAUGAAAGCAAAGAUCUGUUUGACUUGGGUGGGGAGCCGAGUGCGUCAGCACAGAUCAUGUUCGGCCUUCAUAGCGCUCUUCACCUUUGUUGGUUAGCAGACUGCCAUUCCCACACUGACUGCAGGUUGGUGCUUUGUUCUUGCUGUCUGUACCUCUUUGGUUAUAUGCAGAGAGGCACCAGGUGUAAGCCACAGGUGGUGAUAAUAGAGUUUGGCAGAUAAUUGAUUGACAGUAGUUGAUCUCAGAAUCAUUAAUGAAAAACUUUCAAAGACCCACUUGUCAAGUUGAAAGAGCUGCCUCGCUGUUGCUCCUCCUGGUCAGCUCCUGGGUCAUUGGCCCAUGUGGCCUGUGUGUUUGCAUGUGUGUUUGUGUAGGUGUGUGUGUGUGAUAUCACUGACACUGUGGGAAUUGUCAUAUUAUUGCUGCUGUGGGAUAUUUAUAUAUAGACACGUGCUUUGUGCAGGUCCCACAUGUCAUGCAACUCAACCGACACAAUUACAUGAAGCAACUCCAGGUGUCCUUGGUGCAUCUGUGCAGCAUCGAGGGAAUGAGACUAAUAAUAAAGUCACUGUCAUUAAAUUAAAUUAACCUCUCUUCAUGCCCCUCCCCCCCAGCCAACUGGUUCCUGUGGGUGAGCCAUGCACGGAUGUGUACUUGGUUGGUCGUGUUGUGUGUCAGUGUGUUUUCAUUAAGAUAGACCUAUUGAACACUACUGACAACUAAAAAACAAUCAACACCACACAUUAGAAAUGAUUCUGUAUGGUCAAUACUUUCCUCCCUUUCCUUUCCACUAUAAACAAUUACAAUUCAAUAUGUAUUUAUUUUUAAUGAGGAGCAAGCCCGAGCUAUGUGCAUUCCCAAAUUUCCUUUCCGUGCCACACAUUUGGGCCUCUGAUGUCACUGGGUCAGAGUAUAUGACGGAGUGUUGUUUGAAAAUGUUUGAUAUUAGUAAAACCAGCAAUAUUACCUUUAAACAAAUCAAUGAAUGAGCCUUUGUUCAGAGGUUUCAUUGCCUUGAUGAAUGAUGGCAGUGUGUGUGUGUCGUACAGCACACGUUUGUCAAUGCUCCCUCUCUAUAGCUUUCAAAUGAUGUCGCAUUCUUUCUUUCUCUCCACCACGCGCCACUGAAACUGGAGAGCAAAUCAUAAACUAGACAAGGAAGUAAGAGGUUGCUUGGCAACUGGUAACAAAGCGGGUAAUAAAACAUCCUUGGUGUCAGCGUUGUACAAUAACAGACUGCUGAGUGUUGGUUUAUUCUAGCUUUAUUAUUCUGUUACAUAUAUAUCUAUAUAUAUAUAUCCCCCUGAUUGAUUUAAAUUAAUUCAGACGUGGCUUUUGUUUACAGUAAAGAUGUAACUGGAGCUCUUCUCUGUCCUUGUCCAGCACACUACCUUUUCUUUAAAAUAUACAGAAGUUACUGACUCAUGUAGCCAGUAGGUUGCUGACCAGCAUGGCUUUCACAGUAAUCGUUUUUUAACCAUUUAAUGUUCAGGUAUAUUCAGUCAGCCGUAAAAUCUGGCUCCCUGGUAUUGAAAUCUCUCUCUGAUGUGUCUCUUUGGUUGUCUGUCAUGGCUGUUUAGUAAUUUUAACAUUUUCUUUUCUUUACAGAUUUAUGCUGGUCACGCAGACUGGGACCCCCAAUACAUGCUACCUGAGAGCUUUCCCCACACAGGUCAGUGACUCGGUGAUUGGACCGGGUCCCGUUUGAGUCCACGGUUGCCACCAGCGUCCGCUGCCUUUUCCGUAAUUGAGAGAGGCAUCAGGUUUGAACACAGCUGUCCAAAGUCUGCGAUGUCAUCGAAAAUGCACAACGCCAGCCGCAUAGCUCAUGCCAGACGGACGGUGCAGCAGCUGAGGAUAGAGGCCAGCAUCGAGAGGAUAAAGGUGUCCAAGGCUUCAUCAGACCUGAUGCGCUACUGUGGAGAACAUGCCAAGAAUGACCCGCUGCUCAUGGGCAUCGCCACUUCAGAAAACCCUUUCAAGGACAAGAAGCCUUGCACUGUUUUGUAGGGGAACACCUGAACCCUUGCUGCUUUCCUUUUUCAUUCUUAUGUGGGGAAAAAAAGAUGGAAGUAAUACUGUUCACAACUUCUCUUAAGGCCAGUGGCCAAAGAUAAGGUAAAAAUAAUAACAAAACAACAUCACGUAACAACCGUAACAAAACUACCGUGAAUAAAUAACAAGCACCAAAUGUAACAACGUCAAACAAAAUGCAAAAAAAUGUCCCCAUUCAACAUAUCCCGUGGUUUACAGAAACGUACAAUGGCAACACUUUUUCCCUGGCAAAAAAAUGCAGUUACACCAAAGAACAAGCAGAAGUCUGAAGCUGAAGCCUGAGUGGAGCUGUGCCAUGCAUAGCAGAGUUCCUGACCCACUAAUUAUCACAGCGCACAUAAACAAGCGCCCUCAACCAUUGGUCCAAUCAGAUUUAGGCUUUAAGCUUUCACCUCUUACUUACAUCAGGCUUGCUUCCGGAAACAGUUGUUGUAGGUUGUGUGCUACUGAUAAUGAGCGCCCGAGAUAAUGAUAUCCUGUCGGCAGGCGAGCACACUGAGCCGUCCGUCACAUGGAGACAAAGAGAAAAGAGCGGAGGUCCACUUAUGAACAGCUCUUGCUUUAUUUUAUGUCAUAUGGUCACAAUCAUAAUAGUCUUUAAAAAUUGCCCAUUAAAUUGUUCCUUUUUUUUAUUUGAGCACAGACAAAGCAAUCAAAUUGUCCUCACAUGUGUAAUUCAACCUUUCCAGAGACAAACCAACCAUUCACUUAAAAUGUCGAUUGGAUUUUGAUUUUUAAGAUAUUGAGGAUUGCUUUUGCCAGUGUUAGGAUAUAGAGUUCGCUUACAGUGUAGAUCCAGAAUUUGGGGAAUUCAGUUGUUCCUUCGAGCUACUUGAAUUCCUGUUACAGACUUUCAAUGCUCACAUCAAUUGAAUCCAAUGCAAAGCUAUUAAAUAGGAUUACUGUGAUGUCUAAAUUGUGAAAUUUGAAUACCAGAGUGACACAUUCUCUUGACAAAACAGUCCAACUGUGUCUUUUUUACUAUUUUUUCUCCCGCAUUUGCCUUCAUAAAUGAAUGUACAACUCAGUCCAACUAUCUCUAAAAAUGAAAUAUGUACAGAUAAAAGUACCGGUAUCAUCUUUUCGGAUCGCUGCACGUUGUGCUUGACCCUUUUGGUAUUCCUUCAUUUAUAUAUUUCCUUCCAUUAUUGCUGGAAAUAAAGAUUCAAAACAACUCAGUGCCAUCUUAUCAGAUCCAGCUAUUUAAUGUCACUGUGUUCUGUCUGCAGAGCCGAGGCUUACAACUGCACUAUUCGGCCACUUGGAAAGCUCUUAACACCAGAUGACUGUUAUAACACUAGAUGACUGUUAUACUUCUUGAGUUUGAAACAUUCCAUGUUUACAACUGCUCUAAAAUGUACUUUUUAUUUUGGCUUUUAUUAUGAGAACCUACGUCUGACAUUAUGUCUUUUGUGUGUUGGUGCUCGUACAAAACAUUAACUAAUAUUACCAGCCAGGGCCUUAAUGGUGGAGUGAUUAUGCUUCAACCUACAACUACCUUUUAGUCACAUAAGUGCUGUUGUCUUACACUGUGAAGAUGGAAGGCCCAUUGGUGAAGGGAGUAUAUCUCAUAUUUCAAAAUGACUCAUGUUCAAUAAUUAAUUGCAUUAAAGGAACAGUGUGUAGCAUUUAAAGGGAGAUAUGGCAGAAAUAAAAUAUACUAUUAAUAAGUAUAUUUUCUUUAGUGUGUAAUCACCUGGAAAUAAGAAUCGCUGUGAUUCCGUUACCUUACAAUGAGCCGUUUACAUCUAAAUCGGGAAUAGGUCCUCUUCACGGAGUCUGCCGUGUUCCUAUGGUAUCCAAGAACAUACGGACAAACCGCACACUGGCUCUAGAUUGGGUCGUUUGCGUUCCCGCGUUGGCCACCGUAGUUCUUCUACUCGCUUUUCACACGGGAGACGUUUCGGUUGAUUGCAAUCUGCAACCUCACUGCUAGAUGCCGCCAAAUCCUACACACUGCCCAUUGUAAGAUACAUCUCAUACGUCCAUAAAUAUUGUAUCGCAAUAUGUCUAUGAACCACAGCAUGUGCUUGCUUUAGCUGUUUAAUGUACGUGAUAGAAUUGUAGUGAUUCAGUCAAACCUAAAAUUAAAAUUCAAUGUGUGGUUUUUGGCUAAUGAUGUCUUUGGUUGAUUUUUACUAGUGAAUAUGAAUUUGUGUUUUUAGUAUAAAAACAAAAUGUAUGUGGUUUCUCAUACCUGGUCUGUGUAGUAACAGCUUACUGUGUGUCAUGUUCUGCCUUUACCUGGUUGUGGUAAAUGCAAAUAAACACAUGGAAAACAAGUACUUGUUUUUUUUCCAACUCACGGAAGAUGAAAGAAAAAGACUAAACCUGGCAUGAAAAGCAGAUAUUUUGACAGUCUUGGUUUUUAAACCAGAUUAUUGGAUGAAGUUAUGUUCUGUAAAUUGUAUAAGUAUUUGAGAAGAGUGUGUGGUAUACAUGCAUGUAUUUGUUUGAAUGUGAAAUAGCCAUUUGUAUGAAUUACGCGACACCCAUUAAGUAUUAUCACAGCUGUGCAGUUCUCCUCCUUUACGGCAUCAACUUUAUUUACUACAUUUAUUUAUUCAUAACAGUGGAAAACUGACAGUGCACUAUAGUUAGCAACUAGCAGUGGAGCAUUUAGAUAUCUUAGGUGGAGCUAAAAGUGGAAUGAAAAAGUUGGACUUUCAUCCAUCCGGUGGACCGUAACACAACUCCAAUUCAGGCAAUUCAUAUCAUUACAUUUUUACAUUACAUUACAGUCAUUUAGCAGACGCUUUUAUCCAAAGUGACUUACAA